UCUUCCUGUAAACAGAUGAAGCUGCUUGCGGUGUGCGUUUUGGCAGGUGUGGCGCUGUUGGCCGCUGGCGAGAACGAGAAUGCAGAUGAGGCUUCUUACAACCCGGCCAGCCAGAAGUUUCUUGUGGGUGUUCUGAGAACGCAAAUGAUCAGCACAGCCACCACCACCACCAUCGGCGUCGCUGCCACCACUUGCUACAAUGCCAUCGGAGCUACCACUUGCUCCGGAAAGAAGAGGAGGGCUCUGCCCAAGCUCGAGCAGAUCGAUGACAGCACUGCCGGUGACAACCUCCACGCCUCCCUGAACGCAGCCGCCGACGCCGAGGUCGCCAAGAACACCGCCGAGGACGGUUCAGGCCGCCUUGUCUUGUGGAGGACUUCCACAACCACCCUGACUUACACGUCAUCCUCCACCGUGUCCGGCACCAAGCUCUCCCUCUCGUACGCCUGCACAGCGUCGGGCAUGAACCUGCCACCCAGCUGUUAACCCGUUUUUUUCCUAUUCUCCUCGAUGCCUUGUCGCUUGGCAUCGUAAAGAUGGCUUUUUCGUGUAACUAUUGCUCUAUAUGCUUUUUCAUUAACCUCCCAGGUAAUGAAAUGUUUUUCUCUUAUUUAUUGUUGUUCUUGUUGUAUAUUGUAUUGUUUAUACAGCUAUACUUGUAAAUAGAAGGACCUUUAUUAUGUACAGCAUGUGUCAUAAGAAAUAAAAAUAUAUAUGUAUA